CUAACCCCUAAAGGGGUAGUGAUUUUUGACACCCCCUUUAUGAUUGGCCAAUUUUAUUUCCAAUCAUUGGCAAGUAUUAAUUAAACUGAUUUUUUAUUUUUUUUAAUCUUGUAAUUUGGGGUCUCUCACCACAUUGGAAAAGAGAAAGAAUCUGGGAAAAAACGAAAUCACCCCCAUUAAUUACAUAAUUAAUUUCUCUCACUGGUACAUUAAUUACACGUACCACUCUACUGGUACACGUACCACUCCACUGGUACACGUACCACUCCACUGGUGCGAGCAAUCCACAAGGUAGGUUAGAGUGAGAACAAUACCAGUGCAAUGAUAUUUUUCAUAACAAUGAUAAACAAUAACGGAGCAACAAUGCAGUACCACUUCAAUGAUACAAAUACCACUCCACUGGUACACGUACCACUCCACUAGUACACGUACCACUCCACUGGUACGUGUACCAGUGGAGUGGUACGUGUACCAGUAGAGUGGUAUGUGUAAUUAAUGUACCAGUGAGAGAAAUUAAUUAUGUAAUUAAUGGGGGUGAUUUCGUUUUUCCCCAGAUUCUUUCUCUUUUCCAAUGUGGUGAGAGACCCCAAAUUACAAGAUUAAAAAAAAUAAAAAACCAGUUUAAUUAAUACUUGCCAAUGAUUGGAAAUAGAAUUGACCAAUCAUAAAGGGGGUGUCAAAAAUCACUACCCCUUUAGGGGUAGUCAAGCUAACCGAUCCCCCAUUGCAUUGCAUGCAAUUAAUCGAUCAACGGAUCAAGAGAACUGAAGAAAGCACGUGUACGACACGAUCGUGCCUACGAUUCUAGCUCUACGAUAGAUCCUCCCGCAUACAAUCACUACCAUUCCCUCCAACACUUUAAUGAAUCGAGGUGGAGACCCCAGAUUUGUCCAGAGAAUAGGACAAACGGACUCACAUAAUCAGGCAAACUCGCUACACUUGUCACGCAAACCACCAAACCCUAGUUCGUAAAAAAGAAAGAAGAUAUUUUUCCCGCGGGUCCCAUCUCCUACUCAGUCGCCUUCCCCCACGUCCUUUCAUCCUUAUCCAUCCUCUUCUCUUUCAAGUUUCACCACAUCUCCCAUUUUUUCACCCCACUGUAAAUAGACAAACCUGUCUAGUCUAGAUAUUUUAGCUCCUCAACAGCCUCUAUAUAUUUCACCCCAAAAGAACCCACUUCGCCACCACACUAAAAAAAGAAGAAGAAGAAAGAACAAGAAGAAGAAAGAAACGAAGCCAUGGUUCUGCUGGAUAACAUGUGGGACGACGUCCUGGCCGGGCCUCAGCCCGAUCGCGGCCUGGGCCGGCUCAGGAGGAUCGGCACCAAGCCCCUCAACGUCGAGGGGGAAGGGGUGAGCACUACCAAGUUCGGGAAGUCGCUGUCGAUGCCGGCGAGCCCCUCGACGCCGGUGACUCCAGGGACGCCCGGCACGCCGGGAUCCGUCCCCAAGGAGAACGUGUGGAGGAGCGUUUUCAAUCCCGGGAGCAACCUCGCCACCAGGUCCAUCGGCGCUCAUGAGCUCUACGACCGCCCGUCCCAGCCCAACUCUCCCACCGUCUACGACUGGCUUUACAGCGGGGACACGAGGAGCAAGCAUCGGUAGAUGAUGGAGGGAGGAAUAUUGACGUGUCGUCGAUCGUCGUCGUGGCAAGAUUACUAUAAUUAAUAUAUAUACAAAUGAUGAAAAACGUUAUUAACUGAGAGAGCCCGUCCGUGAAGUAUAUAAAUAAAGCCGUUUUGUGGGAGGUGGUGUUGCCGUUUUAUUACCCGCCGUUUCUCGUCUCUGUAUUCUUCUUCCCCGUCGAUCGGGGAAGAAAGACUUUCGAGCUUUUUUUUAUGGUUUUCUUUGAUAUGCUUUGUUCCAUGACCAGUCACUAUGUUGUACUACUACUACUACUAGCUACGACGUACUAUUAAUAUUACUAUAAUGAAGCUUUUGCCGAUUUCUGUCCUGUACGCUUUGUCCCAGUCGUAUUUGUCAAAGUUCAUCCAGUUUCAGGCACUGGUCUGAGGUACAUACUGUUCAUCAAAGUGAUGGGAGUAGAGGAGGAUUCAGUUUUACGGUCAUGUCUCUUAUCUCUAUGAGAGUAAUAGAUGAUCUAUCCACUAAUACGACAACGUACAUGAUGAUGAGGUGGAUGGUGUGAUUUGGAUAAGGGACACGUAUAUAGGGGUAACUAUACAGUCCGAUCCGGUUAAAUUGGACCAAAUUGAUCCGGUUCCAGUCCGGUCUUUUCUGGAAUAUAAGGAUCAAAGAUUGGAUUGGAUACAGUUGGGUGUUGAUCCGGUCCGGUCCCAAAUUGAUCUUGAUUUUAGGUGUUGGGGGUCUCUUAUCCGGUCUUUAUCCGAGUUUUUUUACCUCAAAUUUAAGCCCGAAUAUGAGAUUGGAUUGUUUGCUAUCCGGUUUCAGUCCGAUCCAGAUCCGAGUUAUACAGUUCGGUUUUAGGUAAAACCAAACAGUCCGGACCAAAUAGCCAGCGACGUGAGUCAACACUCAGCAUGUGACCCGACGAACUCGAAUAAGUCCAACCUGCCUUGGAAAGCCGAACCUGUGGGUACCAUAACGAUGGGUUUUGGUGGAGAUAAUUACAGGGACAAGCUACGGUGCUAAUCCUAUAGGGGUUAGCACCGUCCUAAUAGUCGUGGUUGUGUUUUUGUAUGGAAGUUUUUGGUAGUCAUUUUUUAUUGAUCGCCUGUGUUGUUAAUAUGUAGGAUCUGCAGUAGUUUGAUGUGCAGUCAUGGUAGUGUUUCUGGUCAUACUAUGUAGUUUCGUCAAUAUUAAGGUGCAAUAUAUUGGUAGUAGUUGUUUUUAAUAAUACAUGUGUAGUGUUUGUAUGAAUACGUGUAUAGCGUUUUUGGGGUUAGCAAGUGCUAACGAGGUAUGGGGUUAGCAUACCAUCCCACCCCCAAUUCAUACAUACACUAGAUGGUACUCAUAAUGAUGGGUUGGGUUGAGUUAAUUAAUCAUUAGCUAACUUAAGUGGGUAAAAGUUUUCAUCAAGGUUGGUGGGUGGAACUGGAAUAUAGUAUUGGGUUUUGGGUCCUCAAUUGUUUUUGUUCGCUUGGGCUUUCACUAUUUUGUGAUAAGCCUUUCGUGGGCCUGGACAUCGAACCGUUUAACCAUAUAUGGCCUAAAGGAAUAAGCCUGUAAAGGUUCC